AAAAGUCUGAGGAGCACAGUCUUCAGAAUGUUGCAGAAGUUUGCUUGUCUGUUCAGCACAAGUCCUAGCAAGUAUUCGGCGUGUCUAACACAACGAGAAAGUUAGGGCAAUCUUGGCACUAGUUAUUCUAAAGGAUAUCGUCGAAAGAGACAGAUCUACUUGAGGUACAGUUGUAUAUAUUCAUCACCCAUAAUAGGCCUGAAUAGCAGAACCCGAAAAUGUUGGCGCACCGUUGUAACGAACGAAUGGCGAAGAUGCUCCUGGUAAUUUUUAAUGUUGCUUUCCUGGUGUGCGGUCUAGGCAUUCUCCUGGUGGGUCUGAUCGAUAUCCGAUACGAACGGUCGAUUAGAGAGAUACUCGAUGGCUUCUCUGGAAUAAACAUAGCGCUGUUUGCUACUGGAGGGUUUAUUUGUCUGGUAUCAUCUGUAGGAUGUUGUGGUGCCCUAGCGGAAAAUACCUCCUUGAUCACAGUAUACGUAUAUGGUGUGAUCUUCCUGAUCUUUGUUCAGCUGGCCAUUGGUGUGGUAGCGUUCUACAAGCGGAACGACCUCAAGCAAUACGUUAAAAGCAAAGCACUUGAGUCGCUGGACCAUAUCAAAGAUAAUCGUGUUAUUGCGACUGCCUGGGACGAGCUUCAGCUGGCCUUUUCAUGUUGUGGAGCUAUUUCGCCGUUGGAUUAUACCGUUAGAUUUCUUCCGUUUCCGGCGUCGUGCUGCGGUCUGCAAUCGGGCCAAGGAUGCUAUGUCACAACGGAAGGAUUUCAGUUUGUAGGUUGUGAACAUAUAAUCGAGCAAUUCCUCAGGACGCAGUAUCUCUUUUUAGGAACGGUCACAAUACUUAUAGCGUUUAUAGAAGUGUUGGGGAUCGUCUAUGCGUGUUGCCUUCAAAUUGCCGUCGAAAAAAGUGACAAACCAUCAAGUAUUGCGAAUUCUUCCGAAUCUUGACCGCGGACGUCGGUUAAACAGGUCCCAGGCUAGGUUCAGGGAAAUAACUAGAUUGUUAUAAGGUUGAACCGUGUUUACCUGCGAAUGGCAGGCUGUUUUUGAAAUUAUGUGAUGACGAUUGUAUUAGGUAAAUGUGAAUCUCGUAGAAAUGGAUUAAGUUGUUCCCAUUCGUGUGUGUUCUUUACGAUGAGACCCGUGCG